AUGUGGGAAAGAAACAUUAUUUUGCAAGGAAGGCCACCAGUUUGUCUUAAAUGUUAUAAGGCGGGACACUUCAGGAAGGAAUGUCCGUUGGGUAAACAACCUUCUUAUGCCAAUGCUCUUUUUUCGGCUGGUGCUAGUGUUAGUGCUGGUGCUCGUAAAGGUGCUUUUAGUGGUGCUGAUUCGAUUAAAGGAAGACCAGGCUUCGUACAAGCCUCAACCAUUGUGUCUAAGCCUUCUAGACUGCCUCGUCCUGCUGUUUCUCCUCCUCCUCCCCCUACUCACGUCACGUUGUAUAUAGAUAGACUGGGUGGUGAUGGGUUUUAUACACCCAAGAAUAAUGCCAAAAAGCGGACUUCUUCAGAGUCAAAUUUAGUGUCUGUUAAUGUUGCGAACUCUUCUCAUGAGGAAAUUGUUUCCACAAAGAAAUUUGCUUUUCAACCUCUUACACCACCAAAUAAAAAAGAUACAAAUCUUCAAUCGGCCAAAUUUGUUUGUUCGGCAGCUGGGGCUAAUAGUGUUCGUCUGAAAUCUAAUGUGCCGUCUGCGUCCAAAUCUUCUGUAGGACGUGGCACUGAUGAUAGUAGUUCAUCUGCUAUUAAUAUUAUUGCAGCUGAUGUCAUUUUAACGCGUUCGUCUGGCGAUAUGCCGGUGGAGGAUACCAUCGUUGAAAAGUCUGAUUCUGCUGGAAUUUCCGAUUUUGAAUCGGAAAUGGAUCAGUCUGGGAGUCUGCAUAUGUUGUAA